CUUUUGUAAAACCCUAAAAAAACAACCAUUUCUUCUCCAUCACUCCAAUCCACUUGCUUCCGCAACGAAAAUGGCCUUGACCAACUUCAUCAUCACGGUGGCCGGCGUCAGCGCCGUCAUUCUUCUACUGAGGAGCGAUGUUAAACAAUCGGCUUCCAUUUUCAGGCGCAACGUUCGCCAUAUUCGUAAUUGGCUCGAAGAAGAAUCCGCCUCUGCUUCCAAGGCAGCAGAGAAGGCAAAGCCCAAAGAACUGGAAUCACAGGUUCCUCAGAAAGAGAUUCCCAAGGAGGACAAGCAGUAGUAGUUAAUAAAUGGGCAUUGGGCUUGUGUAGAAGAACUGCCUAAAAUUUUAUUUUCAUCUGGUAUAAAGCUUAGUGAAUAUCAGCAUCAAUGAUUGAUGCUCAAUCUUUUGCUUAGCAUUUUACUUUUUUACAAUAUUUCUUGUAUGCAAACCAACCUGGAAUCCUUUUCUGAUGAAUGAGCCUUUCUUUUUGGACAUUUCCAUGUCACUGUAACUAGACUAGCAUACUCUUCUGUGGCUGAUUUUCUGAAUUCGGAUUCUACCACAUAUUUGAGUAAUACACAAUUUUUUAUUUUUUUUA